CGCCUUCUGGCCGGACGGAAAUGACGACAGCCGAGGGGGGGGGAGGGAAGAGUGGCUGCUGCAACAGGGGGGAAAGGCGGGAGGGGAAGGAGAGGAGAGCGUCUGGGGGCGGGGCGGAGCGGUGGCCCGGUUUCCGGCGGGUUGUCGCGCUCUCUCUCUCCGGCCGCGGCUGCUCUAGCCCACAGCCGCUUCCUCCAUCCUGGUAUUUUUCGGAGCCUCCAUCCUGGUUCUUCCAAAGUGCCCGGACCCAAAACAGGAAAAUGGUCCAGAAAUAGAAACAUGGAGGAAACUCAAUCUGGUUAACAUGAAGGUAAUACUACUAGCAAGGGAAAAGCACCUUGAAUCCGUGGCAAGGGCAAUAACGGCUUCACCUUUUGACUAGAUUUGAGUAUGAGCACAGUUGAAGAGGAGUCUGACACAGUGACAGUAGAAACUGUGAACUCUGUGACUUUGACCCAGGACACAGAAGGGAACCUUAUUCUUCAUUGCCCUCAGAAUGAGGCUGAUGAAAUAGACUCAGAAGAUAGUACUGAACCUCCAAACAAGAGAUUGUGUUUGUCCUCUGAGGAUGACCAGAGUAUUGAGGAUUCUACACCCUGCAUAUCAGUUGUUGCACUUCCACUUUCAGAAAAUGAUCAGAGCUUUGAGGUGACUAUGACCGCUACCACAGAGGUGGCAGAUGAUGAGAUUACUGAAGGAACAGUGACACAGAUCCAGAUCCUACAGAAUGAACAGUUGGAUGAUGUGUCUCCCUUAGGCAAUGAAGAGGUUUCAGCUGUUAGCCAAGCUUGGUUUACUACUAAAGAAGAUAAGGAUUCACUAACUAACAAAGGGCAUAAAUGGAAGCAGGGAAUGUGGUCAAAGGAAGAAAUUGACAUUUUAAUGAGUAAUAUUGAACGUUAUCUAAAGGCACGUGGAAUAAAAGAUGCCACAGAAAUCAUCUUUGAGAUGUCAAAAGAUGAAAGAAAAGAUUUCUACAGGACUAUAGCGUGGGGUCUGAACCGGCCUUUGUUUGCAGUGUAUAGAAGAGUCCUUCGCAUGUACGAUGACAGGAACCAUGUGGGAAAGUAUACUCCUGAAGAAAUUGAAAAACUUAAGGAGCUCCGGAUAAAGCACGGCAAUGACUGGGCAACAAUAGGGGCGGCACUUGGAAGAAGCGCAUCCUCCGUCAAAGAUCGAUGCCGGCUGAUGAAGGAUACCUGCAAUACAGGGAAGUGGACAGAAGAGGAAGAGAAAAGACUGGCAGAGGUGGUUCACGAACUGACAAGCACUGAGCCGGGUGACAUCGUCACACAGGGGGUAUCCUGGGCAGCUGUAGCUGAACGAGUCGGGACCCGCUCAGAAAAGCAGUGUCGCUCAAAGUGGCUCAACUACCUGAACUGGAAACAGAGUGGGGGGACAGAGUGGACCAAAGAGGACGAAAUCAAUCUCAUCUUGAGGAUAGCAGAGCUUGAUGUGGCUGAUGAAAAUGAUAUAAACUGGGAUCUACUAGCCGAGGGAUGGAGCAGUGUCCGUUCACCACAAUGGCUCCGAAGCAAAUGGUGGACCAUCAAAAGGCAGAUAGCAAACCACAAGGAUGUUUCAUUCCCUGAUGGUGAUGUCGGCGAAUCAAUGUUCUUUUUGUCUACCCAUCUCCCUUCAGUCUUGAUAAAAGGUCUUAAACAGUUGCACGAGAACCAAAAAAACAACCCAACACUUUCGGAGAACAAAUCAGGCCCCGGAGUUCCAAACACUAAUGCCAAUUCAGGCGUUCAGCAUGUUCAGAUCCGAGUUGCCCGCUUGGAGGAGAAUACGGGCAUCUCUCCAAGUCCCAUGACAGCUUUGCAGAUUCCUGUCCAGAUCACCCAUGUUUCUUCAACAGAAUCCCCUGCUGCUACUGUCGACUCUGAGACCAUAACACUAAACAGUGGUACACUACAGACAUUUGAGAUUCUUCCAUCUUUCCAUUUACAGCCCACUGGAACUCCAGGCACCUACUUGCUCCAGACAAGCUCAAGCCAAGGCCUUCCUUUAACACUGACUGCCAGUCCCACUGUGACUUUGACAACCACUGCUGCACCUGCUUCACCAGAGCAGAUCAUUGUACAUGCCUUAUCUCCAGAACAUUUGCUGAACACAAAUGACAAUGUCACUGUACAAUGUCACACGCCAAGUGUCAUCAUUCGGACAGUUGCCACUGAGGAUAUCACUUCUUCCAUAUCCCAGGCAGAACUCACAGUGGAUACUGACCUUCGAUCAGAUGAUUUGACUGACCCUCCAGAUACACUCGAAGCAGACACUUUUUCAGAUGAAAUCCAUCAGCCUAAACUGACCAAUGAAAGAUCAUCGUUCAGUGAUGCUUGUGACUCCAAGUUUAGUGACCAGAAUAGCGCUGAACUAAUAGAUAGUAUGAUGGUCAGAACAGAAGAAGAAAUCUCCGUCACAGGCCUCAAGCAAGAAGAGGAUUCUCCAUCUGCUUUAGCCAGUGCUUAUGUUACUGAGGACCUAGGAUCUCCUACUAUAGAGGAACAAGUUGAUCAGUCCACAAUCGAUGAUGAAACUAUACUUAUCGUUCCUUCACCACGUGGUUUUAUCCAGACAUCAGAUGAUAUAGAUAAUGAAUCUGUCUUGCCUCUGACAACACUAACAGAUCCCAUACUGCAUCAUCACCAAGAAGAAUCACAUAUUAUUGGAUCAUCCUUGGACAGUCCUAUCUCAGAAGACUCAAAGGAUGUUGAAGAUUUGGUCAGCUGCCAUUAAACACACACUUGGUAACAGGGCAGUUUUAAACAAGGAAGCCACUCUCAAAAUCCCGUGCUGGUACCACUUCCAGAGAAAGGAGACCCUCUACACAGACAGGCUUAAUUUACCAUUCUUCUAGUUUUAAAGUAGCUCCCGUGCUUAAGCCAUGUACACUGUUGUUGCUGUUGAGACUUUUUACCUCAUUUAUGAUUACACAAUUGCCUGAGGCCCACUUUCACUUACAGUGUGGGGGUUCUUGGUUGUGGAGAUCUGUUACAUUUAGUGUUGCCAGUGAAGCCAUCAGCAAGGGAUUUUGCUCACAUCAGGUCCUGAGAAAGGGGUUAGAACCACCAAAACCUAAUCGUUCUGCUUUAAGUGAGCAAAGGUGCUUAACUAUGAGAAUAGUCAGAGGAGGCCUUCUUUCCAGCUUCCAAGUUUGUAUCUGAUUAAGUUUCAGAGAAAAGUUUGCACACCUGUAUAGUUUAAAGGGUACUAAUGGCCUCAUACAGAAGCAUUAGGUAUUUCUACCUUUUACUAGCAUUUGACACCUAGUUGGGACAUCUCUUGUAUAAAAAAUAAACGAGAUGAUUGCAUCCUCUCAUGAAGGCUGCUUCUGGCUGGCCCAUUACUAAUGAUAAGAGUUGGGUUUGGUUAUAAAAGCAUUAAUAGAUACUGAAGAAAACUCAGCUGAAGUACAAUUGUUUUUAAAAAGGGAAAAAUCUGGAUGAGAGUAGGCUUUCUCCCACACUCCAACCAUUCAGAAGCUACUGCCCUGACUAAAAUAAAAGGUGACCCAUUCAACUUCUAAGAAGGGGUAAUAAUGUUGCCUUCCCAGGAUACCAGACAGCUACUGCUUAGCUGAUUUGUUACACUAAAGGCAACAUAGAACCACUGAUGGUAUAUAGGAGAUAGGUGGUUAAGUGGAGGUAUGGUAUAGCAGCCUCUCCUGCUCAGGGGUUUGUUUUUAAAUUGACUUGUGGAAUGGAAGAAGGAAACAAAUCAACAAGUCAUUCCUGUAUUAGAAGCAUUUUAGCCAAGACAAGACUGACUGACUGAUGAUAAGGCUUUGAUGAGUAUGAUCCCUAUAGAAGAGUAAAAAAAAAAAAAAACCCUUGUAUAAAUUAUUUUAUUUAUUAUUGUAAUUAGAUUUUCACAAUCAGAGUUUUGUCUUUUUACCAUCUAAUGUGCUUUUUUUUGUUAAUGUGAAAUGAAAUUGUAGUUACAAGCAAUGGUUGGUUGCAUAGGGAACAAAAUAAUUGUAUAUUCAGUUUAACAGAAAUAAAAGAAUAUUUGUCUUA